AUGGCCUGCAAGCUUCUCCAGCACCCAGUUCCCACUUCCCAAGCAAUUCCUUCAAUACCUAUGAUCAGAAAAAUCAUAACAGCUCAGAAAUUAGCCCCAGCAAUGCAGUCAACAACCAAGAGCAUAAGAUUGUUUGGGCCUCCAUCUGGUUUAAAACACAUUCUCAAAAACACCACCAAAGUUGCUGAAGAUAGCUGUAGCUUAGUUAAUGAUGACAUAGAGGUAGAAGAAAAAGGGGAGGAACCAUUACAGAACAGGACACCUGACCUGAUCAAAACAAACUUUUACCAGGCGAUCAAAGGAAUCAAUGGAGGGAUUUUCGGAGUGCAGUCUGCGAGAAAAUCUGAGAUUGAAAGGCUGGUGGCGUUGCUUCAGACCCAGAAUCCGACGCCUGACCCUGCAUUACAUCUAGAGAAGGUUGGAGGAUGCUGGAAGCUUGUUUACAGUACAAAAACAAUUUUGGGAGCCAGGAGGACAAAACUUGGAUUGAGACAUUUCCUCACCCUGGGGGAUAUCUAUCAGACCAUUGAUGUUGCUAAGGUGUAA